AUGUCCAUUGUUACUAGAUUUGCUUCUUAUUUCAUAAAGAGUAGAGUGAUUAAUUACUCAUUGUAGGUGGACAGAAUUAUGACCGAGAUGUGUAAGGCUGGAUUUUAAGACCCAGAGGAAGGAUUCUUAGAAAGAGAUCCUAUGACAUAUUAUGAAUGCAGAUUUUAUUCUCAUAUAGCCAGAAAUUGGACUCCUAGACUGGAAUCUUUUGAAGUGAGUUAAUAUGAAUUGGCAAAAUAGAAAUUUGUUCAAUUUGAGAAUCUAUACUCAUUCAUCCUCGAUUUGCAUAGAUUGACUUGGGAGUACAGAUCUCUCUAUUUGGAAUUAACAAAAGAAAUUGCAACUCAUAAUACUUGGUUUAGAAGUGAGUACACAACUUUGACCUAUGAGCAUCACUUGGAAGAGGCUAUCAACAAAUACAUUAAUCUCCUAGAUCAAUUAAAGGAGUACCCUUUAUGGUAAGAAAGAGUAAAAGAAGAAAUUGGAUAUUAUUUGCAUCUAAUUUACAAUUCCACAACACAUUCAAGUUAAAGCAAAGAAUUGUUUGCUAAAUUUGAUAAAUUAUAUUUCUUCAAAUGAUAGCAAUCCAAUGAAAUAUGUUAGUAAUUACAAAAUAAAUCGAAUAUAUAUAUAUUCUACCA